UCUCAUUUUAUGUAGGCAAGCUGUACUUCUUAAUAGUUAUGUAUUAUGAAAGUCUAUUUUUUUAAGCAAUUAUGAGUAAAAAUAGUGAGAUACAUUUGAGUAGGCUUGAAAUUUUUGACUGUAAUGCGAAAUUGCAGAAGGAAGAUCUAUGUGCAAUGGGGAGGUAAAUCAUUUCCACCUAAUAGGGUAGGGUUAGUUCCCGCAUCGUUUUCUAUUAUAAUUGUGCAUCACUCAUUGUUCUAAGACCUUUAGGAAGCUGAUGUAACAUGCAUUUCCUUUGUGACAUGUGAGGCUUUUUGUACAUUUAGGGAUUUUGCCUGAGCAAAGCUUGAGAUGUUUCUGACAGUUUACCUCAGUAACAAUGAUCAACAUUUUACUGAGGUUCCCAUCACUCCAGAAACACUAUGCCGGGAUGUGGUGGACUUGUGCAAGGAGCCUGGGGAGGUCGACUGUCACCUGUCGGAAAUGUGGCACGGAUCCGAGCGAGCCGUAGGGGAUGGGGAGCGAAUGCUGGAUGUCCUCCAACGGUGGGGGCAGCACAGGGCGGAGGUACACUUUUUCCUGCGUCACAACCGAGCCCCAAGUAGGGAAUCGGGGGGGUCCAGAGGCUCAGAGCCAAAGAGAAAUGGGAUGAAGGGUCCACCAGACAGAAGAAUGGAGAAUGGGGUGUCAACACCCAGGAUGGACAUGACUUUGACCGAGCUGCAGGAGAUGGCAGCCAGGCAGCAGCAGCAAAUCGAAGCCCAACAGCAACUCCUCGCUUCCAAGGAGCAGCGACUGCGCUACCUAAAACAGCAGGAGCAGCGUCAUCAGCAGCAAGCCUCUGAACAGGAGAAGCUGCAGCGUCUCCGUGACAACAUCGAGAACCAGGAGGGUCGCCUCAAGAAGGUUCGAGCUCUCAAAGGCCAAGUAGAGCAGAAGCGCCAAAGCAACGGCAAACUCGUGGAGGAGAUCGAGCAGAUGAACAACCUCUUCGUGCAGAAGCAGAGAGAGUUAGUGAUGGCCGCGUCCAAGGUGGAGGAGUUUAGCCAACAGCUGGACUUGAUAAAAAAUGGAAAAUUGGACGGCUACCAUUUCCAACAGAGUGGCAUGGCUGAACUGGACCGCUUCUACACGGAGCUACAGCUGAGGAUCCAACUCAACGAUGUGCAAAAUACUAAACUGCAGCUGCAGCGAGAGAAGUUGAACAAGCGCAACAUGGAGGCGGCCUCCAUGGACAAGAGGAUCAGCGAGCUCCGAGAUCGGCUGCGGAAGAAGAAGGCAGCUCUUGAGCAGAAGGGGUUCAUUCUUAAUGGCUAUCCCACUAAAGAGAGGGCUUCAAAAGACACCCAUCCUCAGGCGCCUUCUGACGGACCAGCCAGCCAGCAACAGUCAGGUGGUACAUCUCGUGUGGCAGCGGUCGGCCCUUACAUCCAAUCAUCCACGCUCCCCCGCGGUGGCCCCGGAAGACACGAGCUGCUUGUAAAACCAGCCUACCCAGACGGCACCACUACCUUGCCAACGCAUGAUCUGCAGAGCAAGGGUGGAACAGGGAACCAUUCCUCGAAACUGGAGUCCAACGGUCAUGUUCCAGCUUCUUCAACACUCCCACGAAUGACAUCGCACUCCCACAAAGACCAAGAUGACGCCGAGCCCAAGAGGGACAGGAAGGUACGUCCACUUUCCUUGUUCGAGCCAACUGAGGUUCCUGCCACGUCCCUCCGCAAAAACCAGAGCAGUGAUGACUUGGUCAGGGAUGCCCAGUCUGCUCCAAAGGUGCCAAUCAAGGUACCACCGCCUGUGCCCACUAAACCAAAAGGCCCAAAUGUCAUCCCAUACGGCAAACAGGGCGUCAACAUGGGCACCUUUCCUAAAACUAAGCCUCACAGCAGCCACCCCCAGGCUGGCCACAGCGAAGGCAACGUCCCUCUCCCGCCCUCCCAGAGCCAGACACUCCCACUGCCUCCAAAGCAGACGGACCCACCGCCUGCUGCCACCGUACGGCCUUUCACCCCAGAAUUGCCUUCCUCCAAGCCGCAGACCCUCGCCACCAGCUCCAUCUACUCAAUGUACACUCAGCAGGCCGGUAUCCAGGGGGCCCUCAGCAGAUCUCAAAGCCGGCCCAAUGGCUUUGUUAGUGUCUAUGGGAAGCCGGUGAUUCCCAGUGGAGGUUCCCAGCACCCAGAGAACCCUUACCUGGAACGUCACUCCCCGGCGCUGGAAUCAGAGGUGGACCACAACAACGCAAACCACGCAGGUCCCAGUCCUUCUGAGGGCGGCCAACCAGAGGUGGAGCGCAUCCCGCGACCCCUCAGCCCCACUAAGCUGCUCCCUUUCAUUUCUAACCCCUACCGGCACCAGAGCGACGGGGACCUGGAGGCCCUCAGGAAGAAGCUCUACAACGCCCCUCGGCCCCUAAAGAAGCGCAGCUCCAUCACGGAGCCGGAGGGACCCACGGGGCCCAACAUCCAGAAGCUCCUUUACCAGAAAACCACCCUGGCAGCCAUGGAAACCACCGUGAUCAUGCCGAGCACUCCCGCCACACCUAGAGAAGCAGAGAAGGGAGCAGAGGUAAACAUGGGGCCCCACAUUCCGGGCCCUUUGAGCAGUGCAGAGAACCACCCAUCAGAUCCGGGACUAUCCCUGGAGGGACCCCAGUUCCCAGGUGUGACCGUUCACCAUCCAGCUCCCUCCGAACAAACCAGAUCGACUGCUGUCAUCCUCGACGCCGAAGACAUCGUCCCCCCGCCUCCUCCGUCACACCCGGCCCCUCGACCCGAAGAUUCGCUCUUCCCGCCACCGCCACCUGCUGGUAUGGAGGACCCCAUCCCCAACCUCCCCCCUCCGCAUCCAGAGGGCUUCCUGGAAGAGUUCCCCCCUUACCCGCCACCUCCGUACCCCAGCGGAGCAGAGCAGGACACCCUGACCGAGGACACCUUUAAUAUGAAAGCGCCCGAGGUGACCGGUCAGGUUGCUCUGCCUCCAGGCAAAAGGACCAACCUGCGCAAACUUGGCUCGGAACGCAUCGACCACAACAUGAGAGUCAAAUUCAAUCCGCUGGCCCUGCUUCUCGACUCCUCUCUGGAAGGAGAGUUCGACCUGGUCCAGAGAAUCAUCUAUGAGGUGGAGGACCCCAGCCAGCCCAACGACGAAGGCAUCACCGCGCUACACAACGCUGUGUGCGCCGGACACACGGAGAUCGUUAAGUUUCUUGUCCAAUAUGGCGUCAACGUCAACGCUGCAGACAGUGACGGCUGGACGCCGCUUCACUGCGCCGCCUCCUGCAAUAACGUGCAAGUGUGCAAGUUCCUGGUGGAGUCCGCCGCCGCCGUCUUCAACACGACGUACAGCGACAUGCAGACAGCGGCCGACAAGUGCGAGGAGAUGGAGGAAGGUUACACCCAGUGCUCCCAGUUUCUCUAUGGUGUUCAAGAGAAGAUGGGCAUCAUGAACAGGGGCGUGGUCUACGCACUCUGGGACUUCACGGGAGAGAAUCCCGACGAGCUGUCGUUCCGCGAGGGGGACUGCAUGACGGUCAUCCGCCGGGAGGACGAGGACGAGAUUGAGUGGUGGUGGGCGCGCCUGGGAGAUAACGAGGGCUACAUUCCCCGUAACCUGAUCGGGCUGUACCCGAGGAUAAAGCCACGACAGAGAAGCCUCGCUUAAGGAUUCCUGCACAUUUCAACACACACAUUCACUACUCUUACGUUGGACUUUGUGGUAAAAUUUCGGGACCUCAGACUAAAGGCACAGAUGUGAAUGUCCUUGGAAAUGUUCACGGAUCAAACACCUGCUGUGAAUUGUGCUGUUCACCUCAGAAUGGUGUGCAAAAGGUGUUUAAAACGUUGAACAGUUUAUAUUCAGAAGUGUAGAGAAGGCCAGAUUCAGUCCACCUUUUAGGUUUGUGCAUUUUCGAUUCAUCCUGAAAUUUUACCCCAAAUUCCAACAUCCCUAAUUUUUCUGGCUUUAACAAUCCGGGAAGAGAAGGAAACUGAUGGAAUGAAGUAACACUAAAGCAGGGCUGGGGGAACCUACAUCACCUUAUUAACCAUUUCCGGAAAAUAAAACCUCUGUGGAACUGUUGCAAAAAAAAAAAAUUCAUAUUCAUAAAUUCAGUAAUGCCCUUGGAGGAUUUUUUUUUUUUUUUUUUUUUUUUUUUUUUUUUUCUCAAGGUUCCCCACCCCUGCACUAAAAUGAAGGAUAAACUAGUGAACACUUUUCUGGCCCAACUGUGGCACUUUUCUCCACAUUUUUGUCGCAGUGCCGCUAAUUUUUUAUUUUUAUUUUUUUAUCAUUGUCGUACAAAUUUGUGAAAGUGACUGCAACUAGGGAUGUAAACAGAACGUGCAGUAUUCAACGUUUUUUUUUUUUUGUUGUUGUUUUUUGUUUUUGUUUUUUUUUUUAACCACGGCUAUCAGGUUGUGGUCCAUUUUUUUUUUUUUUUGAACAGCGUCACAUGAUGAGGAAAUAGGCGUUGCUGAUGAAAUAACGUAAAAAUUCUCCGUUACCACGACAAUCUUGAGCGGAGUUUUGUUUUUAUUUGACUGUGCCUCGUUGUAUAUCUGCACUGGAGGUGUCACGUCUCCUCAGCUAAAAAAAAAUAUAUAUCAAUUGAUUAUUACUAUUCGAUUAACUGCUGUUCAGCACGUGGCCGAUGACGCCCAAAAGCUUUUUGAGCGUUUUUCGGUAUUCUUGAUAUUCAACUUCAGGCCCGUUUCCUGCUAUGCGUACUCUUUGUUACCGGUCAGACAAUUUAGCGCGCUAGUAGAUGGGCUCUUACACAAAUCUUAAUAUAGAAUAAAUUCUCAGUCAUCAUUAAAAAAAAAAAAAAAAUGUCCAUCUUAAGAUACUACUCGGUCCAAAGUCUGCUAUUAUACUGAAUUGUCAAAUGACUGCAGAGGAUGUUUUAGUACAUACAAUUUAAGAUUAAUAUCGAGGCAAUGGAAAGUAGUUACAUUAUUUAUUCGAUUUGAAAAAAAUUAAUUAUAAGACAGUCGUUACACUAAUGUAUCUUAGUCGUCCUACUAGUACGUGGAAUAUCAGGGAUACCGAACUAGUCUCUUUAGUCAAAAGCAUCAGCAAUAGAUUUUUAUUUUUUUUUUAAACCAGGAAACUGGUCUUCUACUAGUGCGCUCGCCGUUGUUGCGGUUAUUCAAAAUCAAGGCUAGCUAAGUCAAUUGAACAUUGCUUGUCCUUGAUAUCUAUCUUUUGGUUAUGCUCAUAAAACAAAAUGUAUUACUAGUAAGACAGACAUUCUCCUAGUGCACUGAAUUGUCUUACUAAGUGCAAAGCGCGUACAAGUUUCGACCUUAAUUUGCAUAUCAAUGUUACGCUGUAAAUGUACAAAUGACUCCACGGCCAUUGUGCUUGGGCCGAGAUGCCACUAUUUGUUUAAAUGUGCUUCUUAGUCACAAACUAGUGAUUUGACGCCAUAGGAGUGAAAACGACCCAGAGAGAAUAUGCAGUAUAUUAUAUUCCCCCUAAUAGUAAUGUACAAUGACAAGUUAAGAUGACUACCGAGGAACAGUUAAGUUAGCAUGUAUCCCUAAUUCAUGGACUUUUUCUCAUAUAUAUAUAUAUAUAACAAUAUGGAACUUGUGUACUUAUUUUGAGCAUAUGUCACAGUGCAGAUAUAUAUAUUUUUGUUACCAUGUUUCCAUAUGCUGUCUUAAGAAGUGUAACCUCAAAUGUACUGUAGUAUUUUCAACAUUUAUAAUAAAAAGACUUUGUACCACG